CCUCCUUCAGAGUGUGAGGGGGACGGGCUCCCCAGUGGUUACGGCUCUAGGGACUCCAUCCUCAGACCCAUCGCAGAGAGGGACUGGAAAAGACGAAAACGUGGGCAACUAAGGCGGCUUGACAGCUGCAGCAGCUGGGAUCCAGGCCACUCCGGCGUUGAGGCUGGCACAGAGAAGCAGCAGCCUGCGUUUGGACUGAGUGGAGGUGCAGCCAUGCGCUGCUCCACCCUGCUCGCCAUCUUGACGGGGGUUCUUCUCUACUUGGUGCUGGGGGCCGUGGUGUUUCGUGCCCUGGAGACUCCGCAGGAGGAGGGCGUGCACAUGAAGCUGCAGGAUACACGCCGAGACUUCCUGUUGAACUUCUCCUGUGUCGACUCAGACAAGCUGCAGAUUCUUAUAGAGGAGGUGGUGGAGGCAGUUGGAGUAGGUGUGGAUCCCUCAGGCAACACCACAUUUGUCAGCAAAUGGGAUCUGGCCAGUGCCUUUUUUUUCUCAGGGACCAUCAUCACAACCAUCGGUUUUGGAAACAUUUCUCCCAAGACAGAAGGAGGGCAGCUGUUCUGCAUUUUCUAUGCCCUGGUGGGAAUCCCAAUGUUUGGUAUCCUGCUCGCUGGAGUCGGAGACCAUCUGGGUACUGGGCUGAGGAAAACUGUCGCCAAGAUAGAGACUCUUUUCCUGAAAUGGCGAGUUAGUCCCACCAUUGUGCGUGUGAUCUCAGCCGUCCUGUCCAUCCUGCUGGGCUGCGUGCUCUUUGUUGCACUGCCAAUCUUCGUUUUUCAGGAGGUGGAGGAGUGGACCCUUCUCGAAUCGGCCUACUUCGUGGUUAUCACCUUGACCACAGUGGGGUUUGGCGACUAUGUUGCAGGGGAUUCAGGAAAGGAAGGGAGCGACCACUGGUACAAGCCCUUGGUGUGGUUCUGGAUCCUGCUGGGUCUUGCAUAUUUUGCAUCUAUCCUGACAAUGAUUGGUAAUUGGCUCCGGGUUCUAUCAAAGAAGACCAGGGCUGAGAUGGAGGAACUGCGAGCCCACGCCACUGACUGGACUCAGAAUAUCCAAAAUAUGUCGGUGGACUUUCGCAUUCCAGGAAAAAUCGAUGACCCCUUCAAACGGCGCAAGCGAAAGCGUCGCCACACCUCUCGUAGCCAUGGUCACAGUGUAUCCGCUAAUGGGGUCCCUGAGGGCAAAGAAAAGCCGCAUGAGAGUCAGUCAGAGUCUGGGUCAUACUCCUCUUCGUCGUCAUCCUCCUCUAACGAAUCAGGGUCUGGAUCAGAGUCAGAUUCUCAGGCCACUCAGACGGAGCGAGUGCCUGAAGAAAAACCCGCAGAACCAAAACAGGAGGAAGCUCCUCCUGAACCCCACCUGUCCCAGCCUCUGGACUACUUUGGGGAGAACCUCGCGUUCAUUGAUGAGUCCUCAGAUGCUCAGAGCGGUAAACUACACUUGGAUCCCCUGCUAGAUCCAACAAAGCUCAACCCUCGUCAGCCAAAGAGGAGACGCCACAGAAGGCCAGUUCCUCAGAGGAACCACAAACUCAGCAACUCAAGCGCUAGCAAGAGGGAACCCAAUGGAAACCCCAGACCAGUUCUAGAUCUACCAGUAAAGCCUUAUGAAUGAAGCUGAAUCUAGAAAAUGUAUUGAAUCUUGUUGACAGAGGAGUUUUCAUUCUACUAUAUAUAUACUGCCUGCAUACAGACAUUCAA